GUUUUUGCUGUCUGGCACACACUUUUUUCACAUUCUGAAGAUGUCCAAUAGUAAUAACACUCAAGAAACUUUGGAAAUCAUGAAGGAAUCUGAGAAGAAAUUGGUGGAGGAAUCUUUAAUUAAAAAUAAAUCUGCAUUCAGAACGUCCAGCAAAGAGGAGGUGGAAAAAGAUGGUGAAGACCCAAAUGCGCAGCUGGAUUUCCAGCGAAGAACACAAAACCAUGGGCACUCAAGGAAGCGAUCCAAGUCCAAUUCCAAGUUAAAAUUGGUACGAAGCCUUGCUGUGUGUGAAGAGUCUUCUCACCCGUUCACAUGUGAUGGUCCUCAGGAAAUCCAGGAUGUUAUUCAACUCCAGUUCACUUGCCCUUCUGAUAAAGAAGAAGAAAGGCCUUCAAAGGAUGGGUCUGAGAAAGAAGACAAGGAAAAGAAAGAGAAAUUGGAGAAAGUACCAAGAAAAAUGCUGUCAAGAGAUUCAAGUCAAGAAUAUACAGACUCCACCGGAAUUGAUCUGCAUGAGUUUCUAGUAAAUACACUGAAAAAUAACCCCAGGGACAGGAUGAUGCUGCUAAAAUUAGAACAAGAAAUUCUGGACUUUAUCGGUGAUAAUAAUAAUCAGUACAAGAAAUUUCCUCAGAUGACCUCCUAUCACAGAAUGCUCUUACACCGGGUGGCUGCAUACUUUGGAAUGGAUCACAAUGUUGACCAAACUGGAAAAGCUGUUAUAAUUAAUAAGACGAUAAAUACAAGAAUACCAGAGCAGAGGUUUUCAGAUCAUAUAAAAGAUGAGAAGAGUAUGGAUUUUCAAAAGAGAUUUAUCUUGAAAAGAGAUGACACGAGCCUAGACAAAGAUGACAACCAGAUGAGAGUCCCUUUGCGAGAUGACCGAAGGAGCAAAUCGAUAGAAGAAAGAGAAGAGGAGUAUCAACGAGUCAGAGAUCGAAUAUUUGCUCGAGAAUCUUCAUACAAUGGCUAUCUAAUGGAAAGCAGAGGAAACCGAGAGUGCCUAAGUAGAGCUUCUAGCAGCCGUCAAAGCAGCACUGAGAAUGAACUGAAGACCUCUGAGCCUCGGCCAUGGAGUAGCACGGACUCUGACAGCUCCAACCGCAGUCUGAAGCCACCUGUAACUAAAGCAAGCAGCUUCAGUGGAAUUUCCAUCCUGACACGAGGGGAUAGCAUUGGCAGUAGUAAGAGUGGAAACAGGGUCUCCAAAACAGGCUUGCCUCUCGGGACACCUGAAUUAACGUCAUCAAGUUAUGUGCAAGCCUCUGCGCAGCAACCUGGGAGGACCGUCCUGUCGAAUUCUGCACAACAGCAGCAACUGCCACCCACACCUCAGCAACAACCAAUGACCAAUCACAUGAUAACACAGCCCUUGCCAUCUCUGCAGCCCUCUGCACAGCCUAUCCAGUAUUCUGCGACCUCUUGCCCCCAAGUUCUCCUGCCAGUCUCGCCUCCCCAGCAAUACACUAUGCCUGAAGAUCUUGGCAACCAGUUCGGGCAGAUGACCCUCAGCCGCCAAGGUUCCACUGAAGCUCCCGAGACUACCUCUGCUGUAUUUCAAGCCCCAGUGAUAUCCCAGCAGCCUGGCUACAUCAUAGCUUCGCCGGGGCAGUCUCUCUCUGCACCUCCCUACUCGGCAUCUGGACAUCCCACAGCUCAGCAGGUGCUUCAGCCUCAGGGUUACAUACAGCCUCCUCAGCAGAUCCCUGUUUCUUAUUAUCCCCCUGGGCAGUACCAAAGCUCCAACCAGCAGUACCGGCCUCUCUCCCAGGUUCCGUACAAUUCUCAGCGCAGCCAACAGCUGCCUCAGCCAACACAACAAACAGUCUUCAUGUUUCAACUUUUGGUGCCAAUGUCCAGUGAUUCUCAAGUAGUUGUACAGCAGACCUACCAGCAACCUGUUAUGGUACCCAGUCAGUCUGUCCAGGGAACAUUACCUGCUGGAGGAGUGCCAGUAUAUUACAGCGUAAUUCCACCAUCCCAGCAAAAUAGCACAAGCCAAUCGGUUGGAUUCCUUCAGCCACCUGGUCCAGAGCAGUACCAGAUGCCUCAGUCUCCCUCUCCUUGUAACCCAGCGCAAAUGCAGCAACAAUAUACAGGUGUGCCAGCUCCCAGUCAUGGAGUUGUGGUCAUGCAACUGAGUGUGCCUAAUGGCCCUCAGCCCCCUCAACCUCCCUUGUUACCACAGUGGAACCAAUGUAAAUACUAUAGUGUGGAACAGCGAGGGCAGAAACCCACUGAACUUUACAACCCUGACAACCCAACGCAGGUCAAUGCCCAAUUAAACAGUCCUCUUAACUCUCCAACUCAGUCGCCAACACCAUCUCCAGUGACAAAUGUGACAAAUGUCUGUCCUGCUCUAGCACCACUGCCACUUAUUGCCCAGUUCUCCAGACCUGUGGGUCCAGCACAAGGUGACACUCGUUAUUCUUUACUUGGCCAGCCUUUGCAAUACAACCUUCCUGUAUGCCCACCUCCAGUAAUCCAUGGACAAUGCCAGUAUUCAACUCAUCAGAACUACUUAGCAUGUUUUCCUUUCUUUAUUUCAGUUGUCGGGCGAAUCUUGGAGGUAACAGAUCUUCCUGAAGGAAUCACUCGCACUGAAGCAGACAAACUUUUCAGUCAACUUUCAAUGUCUGGUGCCAAAAUCCAGUGGCUCAAAGACUCUCAGCAACGCAGCAGUGGCUCUGGGGACUGUAACAGAGCGACAGAGAACUCAAAGAAUGCCGGUGAUCUAGCUGCACUUUAUACUAUUGUUGCCGUGUUCCCCUCAACCAUGGCAGCUCAAAAUGCAACUAUCAGACUGAAUAAUUCAACAAACAGGUUUAAACUGCGAACAGCCAAGAGGAGCUAUGAUCUUCGCAUUCUAGAAAGAGCCAGUUCCCAGUAGCCAAUGGAUAUUUGAAAAGCCUUUUUUCUUCUCUCCUUUUGAAUGACUGUAUUGGCUUUGUUUUAAGUCAGCAUUGUUCCUGUAGUGUAUUGUUUUGUCCAAAUAUCACUUUAGACAUAAUUAAGGAAAGUUAGUGAUCAGUUGGAAAAAAAAAGUUUGUUUUUCCCCUUUCCCAAACUCCCGUUUUACACAGCCACACAACCCAUGUGUAUUCUUUCUGUUAUAAUUGUGCAAACGUAUUAGAAGCUUAUUUAAGUGACUCAAACAGUUGACUGUGUAUAGUCACGACAAAUUUUAUUUAACCUGUUUUUUUGAUUUUAAAUAUAAAAGUUUGUCUGCCAGUCCAGACUCUCAAUA